CCCCUUUUAAAUCAGUUUCCUGCAAAGUUGAUAAGCACAAAAACAUUCAAAAUAUAAAAAUAAACUUUGAGAAGGAUGAAACUAUUUCUUUUACUUUCUUUCAGUGCUCAUUUGUUACUGGGAGCAGAUGGGUUUACCGAUGAAACUGAUAGGCAAGCAUUGUUGGAGUUCAAGUCUCAAGUUUCUGAAGGCAAAAGAGAUGUCUUAUCCUCAUGGAAUAACUCAUUCCCUCUAUGCAACUGGAAGUGGGUUACAUGUGGUCGUAAACACAAGAGAGUUACUCAUUUGAACCUCGGGGGAUUACAGUUGGGCGGGAUAGUAUCACCAUCUAUCGGUAAUGUAUCGUUUCUCAUAUCACUUGAUCUGUCUGAUAACGCUUUUGGGGGUAUCAUCCCUCGAGAGGUGGGAAACUUGUUUAGACUUGAACACUUGUAUAUGGCCUUCAAUUCUCUAGAGGGAGGGAUUCCAGCCACUCUAUCUAACUGCUCUAGAUUGUUGAACCUUGAUUUAUAUUCAAAUCCUCUUAGACAAGGUGUUCCUUCUGAACUAGGGUCAUUGACGAAACUCGUUAUUUUAGAUCUUGGUCGAAACAACCUGAAAGGCAAGCUCCCUAGAUCUCUAGGAAACUUGACCUCUUUAAAAUCGCUUGGCUUCACAGAUAACAAUAUAGAAGGAGAAGUUCCAGAUGAAUUAGCUAGACUGAGUCAAAUGGUGGGUCUUGGGUUAUCAAUGAACAAAUUCUUUGGCGUUUUUCCUCCCGCCAUCUACAAUUUGUCCGCACUUGAGGACUUAUUCCUCUUUGGUAGUGGCUUCUCGGGUAGCCUAAAGCCUGAUUUUGGUAAUCUGCUACCAAACAUUCGUGAGUUAAAUCUGGGAGAAAAUGAUCUAGUGGGAGCCAUUCCAACAACACUUUCCAAUAUUUCAACUCUACAAAAGUUUGGAAUCAACAAAAACAUGAUGACAGGAGGUAUAUAUCCGAACUUUGGAAAAGUACCGAGUUUGCAAUACCUAGAUCUUAGUGAGAAUCCUCUAGGAAGUUACACUUUUGGAGAUCUUGAAUUUAUUGAUUCUUUGACUAAUUGCACCCAUUUGCAACUCUUAAGUGUUGGUUACACUAGGCUUGGGGGUGCCUUGCCUACAUCCAUUGCCAAUAUGUCCACAGAACUCAUCAGUUUAAACCUUAUAGGAAACCACUUUUUUGGAAGCAUUCCUCAAGAUAUUGGGAAUCUCAUAGGCCUACAAAGACUUCAGUUGGGAAAAAAUAUGUUGACCGGACCACUCCCAACUUCUUUGGGAAAGCUUCUAAGAUUGGGGUUAUUAAGUCUAUAUUCAAAUAGGAUGUCAGGAGAGAUUCCAUCUUUUAUAGGCAACCUAACUCAAUUAGAAAUACUAUAUUUGUCCAACAAUAGUUUUGAGGGAAUUGUUCCUCCGAGUCUCGGGAAGUGUAGUCACAUGCUUGAUUUACGCAUUGGGUAUAACAAGUUGAAUGGGACUAUACCGAAGGAAAUUAUGCAAAUCCCAACCCUUGUUAACCUAAGCAUGGAAGGUAACUCUUUGAGCGGCUCUCUACCAAAUGAUAUUGGAAGUCUACAAAAUCUUGUAAAACUAUCACUUGAGAACAAUAAGUUUUCAGGACAUCUCCCACAAACCUUGGGAAAUUGUCUCGCGAUGGAACAACUUUUUCUACAAGGAAAUUCUUUUGAUGGAGCAAUUCCAAAUAUAAGAGGGUUGAUGGGUGUAAGAAGAGUUGAUUUGUCAAACAAUGAUCUAUCGGGAAGUAUACCUGAAUAUUUUGCAAACUUCUCCAAGUUGGAAUAUCUCAAUCUAUCUAUUAACAAUUUUACGGGAAAGGUGCCUUCCAAAGGAAAUUUUCAGAACUCUACAAUAGUUUUUGUAUUUGGAAACAAAAACCUAUGUGGAGGCAUCAAGGAUCUGAAACUAAAGCCAUGCCUCGCCCAAGAACCACCAGUGGAGACAAAGCAUUCCUCUCAUUUAAAGAAAGUUGCAAUUUUAGUAAGCAUAGGCAUAGCUUUGCUAUUGCUGUUGGUCAUAGCUUCGAUGGUUCUGUGUUGGUUCAGAAAAAGAAGGAAGAACCAGCAGACAAAUAACCUGGUUCCUUCUAAGUUGGAGAUUUUCCAUGAGAAGAUAAGCUAUGGAGAUCUACGAAAUGCGACAAAUGGCUUCUCUUCAAGCAAUAUGGUUGGGUCAGGUAGUUUUGGUACUGUGUUCAAGGCAUUGCUCCCGACGGAGAGCAAGAUUGUUGCAGUGAAAGUUCUAAACAUGCAGAGACGUGGAGCUAUGAAGAGCUUUAUGGCAGAAUGUGAAUCCUUGAAAGACACAAGGCAUCGUAAUCUUGUGAAAUUACUGACAGCUUGCGCUAGUACUGAUUUCCAAGGAAACGAAUUCAGAGCGCUUAUCUAUGAGUACUUGCCGAAUGGAAGCGUGGAUAUGUGGCUGCACCCAGAGGAAGUCGAAGAGAUACGUAGGCCCCCACGAACCUUGACACUUCUUGAAAGGCUUAAUAUUGUCAUAGACGUGGCUUCUGUUUUGGACUAUCUUCAUGUUCACUGUCAUGAGCCUAUAGCUCAUUGCGAUCUCAAGCCAAGCAACGUCCUUCUAGAAGAUGAUUUGACCGCCCAUGUUAGUGAUUUUGGUCUGGCUCGGCUUCUACUCAAAUUCGACAAGGAGUCAUUCCUUAACCAACUAAGCUCAGCCGGAGUUAGAGGAACCAUCGGCUAUGCCGCACCAGAAUAUGGAAUGGGAGGACAACCAUCAAUACAUGGUGAUGUGUAUAGCUUUGGGGUUCUCCUUUUAGAAAUGUUCACCGGGAAACGACCAACUGAUGAGUUAUUUGGGGGAAAUUUAACACUACAUAGCUACACCAAGUUAGCGUUGCCAGAAAAAGUAUUCGAAAUUGCAGACAAAGCGAUUCUUCACAUUGGUCUUAGAGUUGGUUUCCGUACUGCUGAGUGCUUGACACUGGUUUUGGAGGUGGGACUUAGGUGCUGUGAAGAAUAUCCUACGAACCGGUUGGCAACGAGUGAAGUCGCAAAAGAGUUGAUCUCAAUCAGAGAAAGGUUCUUUAAAACCAGAAGAACACCUAGACGUUGAAGUUUUUAUGGUUUUGCCUACAAACUUUGCAGUCCACUCAAAAGGCCUAUAUAACAUUGUCUUUUACAAUUUGUGUUUUCUUCUUCUCUAUUAAACAUACUUAUGCUAUACGUGUUUCUAAGCUCUAUUAAAACAUACUAAGAUGGCUUGCAGAAUAUUGUUAAUGAAUGCUUGUGUUUUUUGCAGACAAUAUAUGUAUGUUGUGUAACCAGUUUUAUCAUAUAUAUCAGUGUUCCCAACUUUAUUUGG